UGUCACUGCCCACGUAUUCUAUAAAUGCCAGCUCACGGUCUCUAAAUCCAAAUAAACACCAAUCAAGCAUCUAUCUUCAUGUGUCAACUAUUCAAGCCAAUUUGAACCUGAUCAUUCUCACCAAAAUGAAGAGAAACCCUCAUGUUCACCUCUCUCUAGCCCUCUUGGCGAUAGUCCUUUCCAUCGCCUUCUCCUCUGUAACUCGUUCCAAUGCCCAACAGCCUCCAUACAGUUACCCUCCAAGCUUCCCAAACCCUAGGCUCGACAGGGCUUACAUUGCCCUCCAAGCCUGGAAGCACGCCAUCACCUCGGACCCGAAGAACUUCACCGGAAACUGGUGCGGCCCUGAGGUGUGCAACUACACUGGGGUCUUUUGCGCCCCGGCCCCUGGCGACCCACACAACCUCACCACAGUGGCCGGCAUUGACCUCAACCAUGGCAACAUCUCAGGAUGCCUCCCGGAGGACCUUGGCCUCCUCACCGACCUCGCACUGUUCCACAUCAACUCUAACCGCUUUGAAGGAACUCUCCCCCAGAGCUUCCACGACCUCCGCCUUCUCUUCGAGCUCGACGUGAGCAACAACCUCCUCUCUGGCAAGUUCCCCACCGUGAUCUUCGACCUCCCUUCCCUCAAGUUCCUUGACAUACGCUUCAACAUGUACCAUGGCAAAGUGCCGGCUAGGGUGUUUGACUUGAAGCUAGAUGCCUUGUUCAUCAACAACAACAACUUCAGCUUUAGCCUGCCGCCGAACAUCGGCAACUCCCCGGUCUCUGUGAUCGUCAUCGCGAACAACAACCUCAGCAGCUGCCUCCCCUCGAGCAUAUCAAACAUGUCAAAGACCCUCAAUCAGAUCAUCAUCACAAACUCAGGGCUGACUGGGUGCUUGCCGCCGGACAUCGGGGCACUGAAGAACGUCACGGUCUUUGACGUAAGUGGUAACGACCUGGUCGGGGAGUUGGCAGACACGAUCGGGGACAUGAGGAGCUUGGAACAAUUGAAUGUGGCUCGCAACAAGCUAUCCGGUGAAAUCCCAGAGAGCAUAUGCUCUUUACCUAAGUUGCAAAACUUCACUUAUUCAGAUAAUUAUUUCUGUGGAGAGCCAGAGAUCUGUCUCAAGUUGCCAAGUGAGGAUGAUAGAGAGAAUUGCAUUCCUGAGAGGCCACUCCAAAGGUCAGCCGAAGCAUGUGCGGCUUUCUAUUCACACCCUGUUGACUGUGGAGCCUAUGGCUGCUGGCCCCGAAGCCUGCCACCGUCGCUGCCUCCGGCGAUUGCUCCUUCUCCAUCGCCACUGCCUCAUUAGUUCCACUAAUAGUCUUGAUCGCCGGACAGAGACUUAUUGAAAAGAAAGAAAGAAAGAAAAAGACUUGUCUUAACAACCUUUUUUAGGUUUAGUUUCUUAGCCAAUUGUGUUGCUUGUAUAGGAGGGUUUGGUUUUGGACCCCCUUUGUUUGGAUUGAGAAAAAAAAUGGAAAUUUUAAUUUACUUUGAUUUCUAUAUUUUAU